GCUCCGCCAUUAAAACUCGAUAUCAUGGUUCAGGAAGCUAAUGCAGCUAAAACACCUGCAGAUACAAAUGUCUCCAACCAAUCACCAAUCCAUGGCCAAGCCAGGGACCAUAAGUGGUGGCUCCGGGUGUCUAUCUACGCAAUCUUUGUCUACUGCGGCGAGUCAGUAGCGACCCUACUAGGAAGAUUGUACUACGACAAAGGCGGAAACAGCAAGUGGAUGGCAACACUAGUACAAAUUGCAGGCUUCCCAAUGCUCCUUCCCUACUAUUGCACUGCCCCAACACCGAAGAGACCUUUCACAAACAGCAUUAUCCGCUCGAAACCGACAAGAUCCGCCUUAACCAUCUUAUCAGUUUACAUCUCUCUUGGCCUCCUAAAUGGAGCAGUAUGCCUUUUUCACUCCAUUGGGCUGUACCACCUUCCUGUUUCCACUUACUCCCUCAUUUGUGCAUCCCAGUUGUCAUUCAGUGCCUUGUUCUCAUUCUUUCUCAACUCACAGAAAUUCACUCCUUACAUUGUCAAUUCCCUAGCGCUUCUCACAAUAUCCUCUAUACUUCUACUUUUCCAAGCAGAUUUUGCAGACCCAUCUGAACAAGUACCCGGAAGGAAAUACGUAGUCGGGUUCAUUUGCACCAUUUGUGCCUCGGCCGGGUAUGGCUUGGUGCUCUCCUUGACACAGUUUGCAAUGGAGAAAAUUGUGAAGAAGGAAGCUUUUUCAGCAAUCAUGGACAUGACCUUGUAUCAGUCAAUGGUGGCGACAUUUUGUGCUCUUGUGGGGCUAUUCACAAGUGGAGAUUGGAAGGUUUUGAGGAAAGAAAUGACGGGUUUUCGACUAGGGAAGUUUUCAUAUGUCAUGACCUUAACAUGGACAGCUAUUUCAUGGCAACUUUGCAAUAUUGGAGCUGUGGGGCUCAUUCUUGAGGUGUCCUCACUCUUCUCCAAUGUCAUCAGUGUUUUGAGUUUGCCUGUUGUUCCUGUUUUGGCUGUGAUCUUCUUCCAUGACAAAAUAGAUGGAAUUAAAGUGAUUGCCAUGGUUUUGGCUACCUGGGGACUCAUGUCAUAUGUUUAUCAGCACUAUAUUGAUAGCAGAAAUUCCAAGAAGGAGAACAAAAGAAUUAACGAUACUCGAGAAACAGCUUCCUUAGAGGCAGAAAAUUCUGUAGUUAAACUUUGA